AACAACUUUAAUGCCAUGUAUUUAAGAUGAAACAACUCAAUUGAAAUUAAUUGAUAGCGCUAGAUUAGGCAAAUGCAAAUUUCGCUACCAAGAUGUUUUGAUUGGAGUAUGACUCAGGUACAAUUCUACACAAUCAGGAUGACAUUGGAGUUUUGGAAUAGAUUAUCGAAGAGACAUAUUUAUAAUAGAAAGGAGUGAGAAUCCUACAUUAUGAGCAAGAAUUAUAGUGAAGUUAACCGCAAGUUUUUACCUCGGGAUCAAUGACACGAUUUGAUUGAUGAACUUCACAGCAGGUGCAAUGGAUUAAAAACAAAGAAGAACCACAAGCUCAAGAUCACAAUAAAAUAAUAAACAUCACCAUCUUAAUAACAAACAGAAACUGAUUGAUAUUACUGACAACGAUAUCAGACACGUAGACAGAAGGUUGGCUUAAAGAUUCCCACUCAAAACAAGAGGAACAAGUUCUAACUGCCCAACAAAAGCAGUGUAGAAGAACUACGUGGCCUGGUAGGGCAUAAAGAAAUAACAGAGAGUGGUGUUGCAGGACAUAUAUUUAUAUAACAAUAUGAGAUUACCAAAUAAGUAUAUUUAUAUCAUGAAAGCAUUGAUAGUGACACUGACUGUACUAGUUACAGUGAUAAAUGGACAUUCUUGGGAGCAGCCAGGGUGUUUUAAAUUAGGCCACACACGAAAAGUCCAUAUUCCUGGUUGUGUCUCAUUCCAAGUGACAACUAAUGCAUGUCGGGGAUUCUGUAUGUCGUAUGCAGUGCCUUCCAACAGUCUUACACAAGAAAUUAAUCCAAAUCACAUUCUUACUAGUCGGAGCUCUUGUUGCAGUAUAGACCAAACACAUGAUGUGGUGGUUAAUGUACGUUGUAUAGAUGGAAUGAGAGAGUACACCUUUAAAUCAGCAGCCAGCUGUAAAUGUUCCAUCUGUCGCAGAGGCUAGUUGCAUCAAUACACAGCUCCCCCUGGUGAAUGACUCAGUGACGAUACAGUUGAAAGCAAACUCUCUGAAUCCUUUCCAUCCCUGCGAGUAACUCUGAGUCAUCAAGCUCAUGAAAGUAGCCCUCUCAAGAGCCUUGUGAAUUUUAAUAUUCGAACCUUGAAUCUCCAAUAUCUUCACAAAUAUGUAUGUGUUCAGACUGACAAAAUAUCUUAUUCUC